AUUUGCUAUUAUUCUAUUACUUUAGUUAAAUUGUAGUUCAAAUUCCUGGCCCCAAGUUAAUUUUGAGGUUGACUUCUGACUUGUUGACACGCUCAACUGGGUGUGCCUUAUUAAUAAGGCAGCAAGUAUAAAUACUCCAAAAUGGUGUUAUUGAAUUCUUGUUGGUCUCCAUGUAUUUGGACUGAUAACUUAAAAUCUGGGUGCAAUGCAAUUGCAUUUUAUACUGGAGCAAUGAGUUUAGUAUUAAUAACGUUUAUUAUAUUUGACAUGACUGGUGGAGACUCGACACAAUUAUACAAUCCUUUAUUUGAAGCAGAUGUUCGAUUAUCUAUGCAAGUGAUAGGAUCUCUUCUGAUUAUUUAUUUUAUGCUACUAAUAGCCGCCUCAUUCUCCCUUGUGUGGGGUAUAAGGCAAAUGAUAAGAGGUUUUAUGGUGCCAUGGAUGGUUGGUUUUGGAAUUGCUAUUUUGUUUCAACUUGUCUUUGGCUUGUGGUUGAUCGGAGGUUAUUAUAUUUAUCUUGACACAGUUCUAUACUCUUUGGUUAUAUGGAGUUGGAUGGUAUACAAUGCAUAUUGUUGGCUAGUUGUUUAUUCACAAUACAAAGUUAUUAAAAAGUUGCAGUCGCCGAAUAUUGAGCUACUGUGGCCAUAAUUAUCUAAUAUAUAUAUAUUCAUAUUUUCCGUCCACAUAUAGACUGUUUAUAAAGUUGUUUAUAUGUAUAUUAAGCAUGUUUUUUUCUGUAUUAAUUGACAAUUUAGAUGUAGUUUUUAAUAUAUUUGUAUUUUUGGUAAA